GUAACAGUCUAACUGGGUUGAAAGACGUUUGGAGUAACCCAACAUUCGAACCUGAAUUUGCAAAAUCAUUAAAUGAGGGGAUGUACCAAUCUACCGUCAUAGUGUUAGCAAUUCGAGCUCUAUUAAAAAAUCCCCCUAUGGGAAACUCUUUUUUUAUUAGUACCUCAGAGAAACAAAGUAUCGCUAGCACUAAUAGAAAAGGAGAAGGAUGUACCAGGAGAUGA